GGUUUCCUGACCACAUAUUCAAUAUAUAAUAUAUUUCGAUAAUUUGUUUACACAUAAACCAACCUACAUCAGUACCUCUAGUACAGUACGAUGAAUAUUCGAGGUAUUUAUUAUUGAUGGUGGGAUGGAAAUAGAAAAACUGGUAGAGGGACUGAACAUCUUUUAUGUCAGAGAGGAGGACGGGAUGAAAGAGAGAGGGAUGAAGGCAAGCGAAGGGGUGUGGAGACAGAUGGAGGCCGCAGACUGAAAGGGGAGGCGGACGGAGCGCACAGGCGACAAAGAGGAACACGAACACACCGCAAAUACGAGAGCUCACCUUGCCUUCUCCACACGCUCACCAGGGUGAAGCCAAAGGGAUGCAGGAGCAGGGCUCAGAGUGGGGCUCUGGGCUCGGGGGGAGGACAAGAGGCUGUUGGGUUGAUGCCCAAGGCUGCGAGGCUGGAGAUAAUGAUGAAUCAGGCAUGAAGUGUCUCAGCCAAGGCCUUUGCCCCCCACCUGUCUUCCGGAGCAUCACAGGCCUUACGGGAACCAGCCUGCCCCCUCAUCGGCGCCUGAGGUCCAUAUUCCGCCGCUCAAGAGCUGUUCUGCCCGCAGAUGCCAACACAGAGAUGCAAAGGUGUGGUUUCCCUCACCUGGACGUGCUAAAAAGAGCAGGGCCGCUAAUGCAGGCAGGCAUCCCCAGGACAGACACCCGGCCAGCACGCGAUAGUCCUGCUGCUCAGUCAGCCGGCUUCCAGCUUACCCCUCCCUCUAUGCCCCACUGGGAGGGGAAGGGCAGGCAGAGUGGGGCGAUCUCCCCCCUCGGGCAACCCGGAGAGUCAGGGUGGAGGAAACGAAGAAGGACAAGGAGGCCAGAAAUGACUGGAACACGACCCGACAUGCCAGACCAGCCAGGCAGCCUGGUGCUGCCCUCAGAAGGGCCAAAGGAAGCGGAACUGUGUCUGUGGCUCCAGGAACUGGAGAUUACAGACCGUGCCAGGGAGAGGUCUUCUGUGACCAGUGACAGCCAGCGGGGCUGGACCCAUCUGGGGCCUCUGCUGGGCAGGAGAGAGGUGGGCCAAGGGACAGGCCAAGGGGCGACUCAGAGGCCAGACCGGCGCCCUCACUUCCUCCCUCCCAUUACUCAGUCUGUCUCUCUCCUGGAGGUGCCCCUGUUUCUCCCCGAAAACUCCCCCCCACCCUCUCCAUGUUUGUCCCCCAGUGACCCAUUCUUCCCACUGCCAGUGCCACAGCCCUGUCUGGCGGCCCGGAAGAGAAGAGCCAAGUGGCAAUAGCUCCUGUAGCUCAACAAGCAGAUGGUUGUGCUCACAAGACAAAGGUCAUGGGUGUGAAUCCUGAAGAGCAGACACACAAAUUGCAACCUUUCUUUAUAGCGUACAUUGCUUGGGAUAUUAGAG